AUGAUUGACAUGAACACAAAAUUUAUUCAUUACGGUAAUAAUAAAUCGGCUUCUACUGCUUGCAAAUUAAGUAGCAAUGAUUUGAACUCUUCUAGAAGUGAAACAUUCGGGUUUUACAACACGGAGAGCUUAAUGUGUGGAAUCUCUAGCUUUUCUGAUGUUGGUACCAGUAAAGCAUUAAAACUAAAUUGUAAUGCAGGACCCACAAAACUUAAUAAAAUAUUAUCAGAAGAAAUAAACAAAAGUAAUAAAAUAAAAAAAGAUAUAGAUGACAUAUUGAACGGCAAAUCGCGAUCUGUUUCUCUGCCAAACAGUUUAGAAGAACCCACGAAAGACGUGUGCACGGAAAUCAUGGAUUCAUUAUCAAAAGAUACAAAAAACAGGGUUUCGAAGAAAAACAAAAGGUGUUUUACUAUAGCGGUGAAUACAGAACCAAUCGGUUUGUUAGGUCUGCUGAAGAUAUCGAAGGAGACGAUAAGACAAAUCCUGUCGUACAUGCCCCGAAUUGACUAUAAUUCAUAUUUGUCCAUGGUUCAGUUCCCCCAGCUGUCUAAGAUCGGCGAGUCGGAUUAUAUCUGCAAUAUUUGCGGGGCAGCCUUCUGUCGGCCGUCACAGCUCAGCGAACACAUUCAGAAACAUAAUUUGGACAACACGAGGAAUUGCUGUGUUUGCCGACACGCCUUGGAUUCUAAAAGGCGUUCAGCCUUGUUUUCAUGUCGGUACUGUCACCAGCCGUUCAUCAGAGCGUACUGCUGUGAGCUCCACCAGAGAUCGUGUGCGAAGAAUUUCGGAGUCCGACACGCGGAAAGUGGUAACCUGGCCAUGCUGACGUAGAUUGAAGAAAAUACCCUUUUUGUAUUGUUGGUCCUAUUUAUAUUGUAUUUAUUUAUAUUUUG